AAGCGUGUCUGCGGUCGGGAUCCAAAUAGUCCCAAGUUAAUUUUUAAAUAGACAUCUACCCAGUUUUCACUUCCUGAAGCCCUACACCGAAAGGCCUGUGUUACUUGCGUUUAGGCGCACCACAGCGUGUGUGUACCUUUUCCUUUUGGAAACGCCCCGGAAACGAAACCCUGAGGAACCAAUCGGAAGUGACUGUUAGCGAGUUGAUUGAUGUCUGGAAGGCCUGGGCGGGUCUCCUCCGAAUGGAAGAGGGCUGCGCGGGGAAGUUAGCCCAGUGAUACGGAGCCGAAGCCCCCGGGCGUAGGAAGGGUGGGGACCUCAGAGGUUUUUCAGUAGAGGUCUUGGGGUGCAUUUUCACUGCUUAAAAAUGACUACUCUUGAGAGUUUAGAAACUAAAGCCACCCUCAUUUCAGCCCCCAUCCGGGGAGCAGGAGAUGGAAUGGAAACUGAGGCACCCCCUAAGUCUGAAGUCACCUCUGGAGUCCACCCCGUAAAGCGCCACGUCCCUCCCAGUCCACGAAAGAAAGCUGUUCCGUCAGAGAGCCCAGGAGUUCUGCAGCUGGGGAAGGUUCUCACCGAGAAAGCAGUGGAAGUGGAAGCUGUGAGGUUAUUAGUUCCCAAAGCUGCUAUAACCCACGUGGUCCCCAACAAAAAUGCAAAGCUUAAGUCCCUAGGACAUCAUAAAGGAGAGCUCCUGGGUCAGUCAGAGGGGGUUGGAGAACUUCGGAAGGAACGAUUAGAGGUGAAAAAUGUACUGGAAAAGCUCAAGAACUCUGAAAGGAGGUUACUACAGGACAAAGAAGGUCUUUCGAACCAGCUCCGAGUACAGACAGAGGUCAAUCGUGAGUUAAAGAAGUUGCUGGUGGCUUCUGUUGGGGAUGACCUUCAGUAUCACUUUGAACGUCUAGCCCGUGAGAAAAAUCAGCUGAUUCUAGAAAACGAAGCCCUAGGUCGAAACACAGCCCAACUUGCCGAGCAGCUGGAGCGCAUGUCGAUACAGUGUGAUGUGUGGCGAAGUAAAUUCCUUGCAAGCAGGUAUUUCCUAUUUUCAAUAGUAUUUCAUUUUCCAGUUUUGCAGUCAGAUUUUUGACCCAUAACACAAGAAAGUAGAUUGUAGUGUGAAAAAUUCUGACUCAUGUUAAUGUACUUCCUGUACAUUAACAUAAGAUGUGAACUGUCCCUCCUGUGAUGGUCACACAAUCUCCCUAAGUGGAGAAGUGACAUCAUUAGGACCCUCCCUCAUUCCACAAUUCUAGGUUACGACUCUAUCUCAGAUGUCACUCCUACUACAAUAUUUAAUACCAAAACAAAACUAUAAAUUCAGACACCUAGGCAAUAUUAAAAUCACAGAAAUCCAAAUUAUUUUCCCCUUCUUCUGUCUAGAGAACUCAAACAUUGCCACUCUGUAAGAUAUUAUUUGUCCUUCGUGCUCCAUCCUCAUAGUGUUUAACUAUAUAACAGCGCUUCCCAACCCUUUUCUCUGUGCACAAAUAGAAAACGGUAACCUUGUAUGGCAUACUGGAUGAGGCUACCCUCCAACAGGUGACAGCCCCAGGGCUCUCAUCCAGGCCCAUGGAUACGCUGACCGUGGGGAAACUCUGCUGUACAUUAGGAUUCUUUGUCUGUUUAUCCCCUCGUCCUCCUCCCAGCUUUGAGUUACUGGGGAACAGGGUCUGGGUGUCACCCAUCUGUGUAUGUCUGGGCUUAGCCAGUUGCUUCACACAUAAUAUGCUUAGUGACUGUUCAUUUCGAUUCAGUCAUCUGGAGAUUUCUUACAAAUUACCAAAGGUUUCCAGGCUAUACUUUAAGAAUCACUGAUUGUAGUGAAUAAAUUUUCGGGAAAGUGUUUCUUCAUGUCUUAACAUCUGUGAUACUUUCUAGUAACUGACUACUGUCUUCAAGUCCUUCAUUUGUUUUCUGAUUGUGCUAGUACAGGUUGUUCUUUGGAGAAAUGAGCUUACUGUUUAUUGUCUUAGAAUGACAUUAAUUAGGUUAAUUAUCAUUGAACAGCUUCAGAGGCAAAUCAUGCAUAUGGUAUUCAGGUUAUUGCAAUAUGUAACUUUUUUAACAUCCUGAUCAAAACUGAUAGUAACAUUCUAAGGACAAUAAAAAUUAUACUUUAUUGAUAUUUUAGUUGAUUUAAUCAUUCAGUGUCAAAAUUGCUUUCAUGUUAAGGAAUUCAGUGGUGGCUAUGGUCUGAGAUUUUUAAUUUUAGUUUUAAGAUUUUGAGCUAAGUAAACAUACUUAAAAUUUUGCUUCCAUUCCAAUAAUAGGG